AUGAAUGAAAUCAUGAGUGAAUCACAGUUAGAAGGUUUAAUUAAAAGAUUGGAGUCCGCUGUUGUCAAAGUUGAAACAUUAGCUAUGCAAAAACCUUGUCUUCCACCAAAACCACCAAGUGGAAGUUGUGGAAAUAAAUCUUCUACAGAUGAUAAGGCACCCCCAAAUGUAGUAAAGCAAUUUGAAGAUGAUGUUAUAACUGUUGUUAAUGAUUUUAUUGAUCUUUGUAAUAAAAUUGGAGGUGAUCUAGUUAAUGCUGGUGAAAGAAUCAAAAAUAUAUUUGAAGAUCAAAAAAAUUUUAUAUGGCUAGCUGCUUCACAACAACAAAUUUCAGAUAGUGAACUUUCCCUAAAACUUGCUCCUAUUUGUAAAUUAAUGGAAGAUAUGGUUGAAUUUAAGGAUGCUAAUAGAAGAUCUAAUUUUUUUAACCAUCUUUCUGCAAUUGCUGAAGGAAUUCAAUCAACUGGAUGGUUAACUGUUAAAAAAACACCAGCCCCUUUUGUUAAAGAUAUGCAAGAAGCAUCUAUGUUUUAUAUCAAUAGAGUUAGAAAAGACCACAAAGACGGUGAUAAGAUUCAUCUUGAUUGGGCUAAUCAAUGGGUUGCUGUUCUUGAUUCUCUUUAUAAAUAUGUUAAACAAAAUCAUACUACAGGAUUGGUCUGGAAUUCAUCACCUGGUAAUGCUCCAAGUGACAGUGUUUCAUCUUCAAAAACUGGAAAAUCUUUAAGUGGUGGACCUCCACCACCACCUCCACCACCACCAAAAGACUUAUUUAAUGAUGUGAAAAAAGUAACACCUAGUGAUGGAAGGGAAGCAUUAUUUGCUGAACUUAAUAAAGGUGAAGCUAUAACUUCUGGAUUAAAAAAAGUAACGGCUGAUAUGCAAACACAUAAAAAUCCUAGUCUUCGUAUAUCUUCUGUCGUUAGUGAUACUAAUAAAAAUAAAACGUCUUCAUCACAAAAUGUACCAAAAGUUGAGACUGUCAAACCACCACGUCUUGAAUUAGAACAAGGUAAAAAUUGGUGUGUUGAGUACUAUAAAAAUGAUAAAAAUGUUGUUGUUAAUAUCAAUGAUAUGAAACAAACUGUUUAUGUUUUUAAGUGCGAAGGAAGUGUUAUUCAAAUUAAAGGAAAAGUUAAUUCUAUAAUAUUGGAUUCAUGUAAAAAAACAUCAAUUGUAUUUGAGAACUUGUUAUCUCAAAUUGAGGUAAUAAAUUGUCAAUCAAUUCAAGUACAAACUAUGGGAAAAUUACCAACAAUUUCUAUUCAGAAAACAGAUGGUUGUCAGGUAUAUUUAUCAAAAGAAUCAUUUGAUGCUGAGAUUGUUCAUUCAAAAUCUUCUGAAAUGAAUGUUCUUAUUCCAAAUGGUGAGGACGGUGAAUUUAUUGAAUUUGCUUUACCAGAACAAUACAAAACAACUUACGAUGCCGUCAAAAAUAAGAUUGAUACUGUUUUAAGUGAUAUCUAA